AUGGGUUUCACCGACUUUGUCUCUGAUGCCGGCCUGACUCUGGCCAACCACUUCCUGUCCACUCGGUCCUACGUUGUUGGCUCCUCCCCCAGCCAGGCCGAUGUCGUGACCUUCAAGGCCUUCAGCGGCGCCCCCGACCCUGAGAAGUACCCCCACGCCGCCCGCUGGUACAAGCACAUCGCCUCUUACGAGAGCGAAUUCUCCACCCUCCCCGGUGACUCCUCCAAGGCCUUCACCGCCUACGGCCCCGAGACCACCGAGCUUCCUUCCAACCCCAAGGACAAGCCCGAGGAGGAUGACGAUGAGGACCUCUUCGGCUCCGACUCUGAGGAGGAGGACCCCGAGGUUGUUGCCGAGCGUAACAAGCGUCUCGAGGAGUACAAGGCCAAGAAGGCCAACAAGCCCAAGCCCGCUGCCAAGUCCCUCGUCACCAUGGAGGUUAAGCCCUGGGAUGAUGAGACCAACCUUGAGGAGCUCGAGGCCAACGUCCGCUCCAUUGAGAAGGACGGCCUCGUCUGGGGUGCCUCCAAGUGGGUUCCCCUCGCUUUCGGUAUCAAGAAGCUCCAGAUCAACCUGGUCGUUGAGGACGAGAAGGUCUCCACCGACGAGCUCCAGGGCCAGAUUGAGGAGUUCGAGGACCACGUCCAGUCCACCGAUAUCGCUGCCAUGCAGAAGCUUUAA